AUGUUUGAAAAGAACACAAAAAUUGAAUUGAUUCUUAAAAGUAAUUUUGAUAAUCAGCUUGAGAUUGCUUUUAAUAUCUAUGAUACCUCGGGAGACGGUCAAAUUGAUCAGAAGGAAUUAGAAGAUAUGAUUUCAGCACUGUCUGAUUUGAACGAUAAAACAGAUCAUGAAGGUGAUCAUGAUCCAAAGAAACGAGCAACGGAAAUUAUAGCAAAAUUAGAUAUUACAGGCGAUAAAAAAAUAUCGAAACAAGAAUUUAUUGAUGGUUGUAAAAAUGAUGCAAGUAUGCGUGCAAUCUUAGUACCAGUAGCCUUAUUACAAUUGAAACGAAAAUGA